AUGGAUCUCCUGGCCUGUGUGGCACUUGCCUUGAUCACCAGCCUUCUGAGUGCUCACCUCGGAUUCCCUGGUGGCUCCGAACAGAUCACAAGCCACCAGCUCUUUGCCGUCAGCUUUGUCCUCCACUACCUAUCCCUGAAGUUUUAUCGCAUUUUUCUCUACCACAAAUACUUCUCUCCUAUUCGUCACCUACCCGGCCCCAAAGACAACCACUGGUUUCUGGGACAAGCUCUCAAUCAGGUCAACGCCGACACUCCGAUGUCCUUUGCGGUCAAAUUGUCAAGUGAGCACCCAGAUGCCCCACUCAUCCGAUACCUCAGCCUCGCAAAUACAGAGAUUAUCCUCGUCAACAGCCUCGGAGCCCACCGCCAAGUCCUCCAGACGCAUGACGACAUGUUCGAAAGGCCGAGUGCCAUCAUGCGGAUGAUCAAGAGAUUCAGCGGUGACGGGCUUGCCUCCUUCGAGAGCGAGGAAUACCGAGCCCAUCGCAAGGUGCUGAGCGCGUGCUUCACCCCUAACUGCUUACGGAGGCUCGAGCCCGUGUUCAAAGAAAAGGCCGCUCAGCUCAGCCACCUUUUUGACCGUGCCAUCGAGGCCGGUGGAGAAGCAACCGCCGUCAUUGACUGCACUGAUACGUUCGGCCGACUCGCACUGGACGUCAUGGGGCGUACCCUGUUGGGGACAGACCUCUCGUACCUGGAGCAAGCUGAAUUCGACCGAGACGGAAAUGUAGUGAAAGGAACAGCACAAUAUGGUUUUCUCGACGCACAUGAUGCGGUAUUCGGGCCGGACAAGAUCGGCAAGGUCUUUACGUUCCUUGAUUGCUUCUUCCCCAUUCGGUGGAUUCCAUGCAACACUAACUUCAAGUUCCUCGAGGCUACGAGCUGGAUGAAUGCUACAAUAGGGCAGCUUGUCACUAACCGGAGGCAGGAGAUGUCAGCAGCUGCAGGAAAGGAAAUGCAUAGCGACACAUCGCGGAACAUACUGUCGUUCCUCAUUGAGGAAAGCAUGCCAGGUGGAUGUGCCGAGGGAAUCGAAGACAAAAACAUAAUUGGACACCUUCUGAUUCUCCUAGCCGGUGGCCACGAGACCUCAGCGCACAUGCUCGCGUGGAGCUCUCAUGUCCUCGCUACCAGACCAGAAAUCCAGGACCGGCUCAGGGAGGAUAUCGCUGGCCUGGCAGGACAGAAUCCCGACCCACCGUUCAGCGAGAUUGAUGCGCUUCCGUACCUGGACAAUUUUGUCAACGAGAUGCUCAGGGUUUACCCACCCGCCGUCUGGACCCCUCGACAGGCCUAUCAAGACGUACACAUCACCGGCAAUCACAUCCCAAAGGGCACACUAUUCGAGAUUGUGCCUGCAGUGACGCACAUGAACCCCCUGAUUUGGGGUGAGGACGCAGCCGAAUUCAACCCGGGCCGCUGGGACACCAUCGGCGGAGCAGAUGACCCCCGGUCGUCCCCCUUCGCUUUCGAGGCCUUCAGCAACGGCCCGAAGACGUGUAUCGGUAAGAAGUUCGCCCUCUACGAGAUCAAGAUCGCGCUGUUUGAGAUGGUCCGCGGCUACCGCUUCCUGAAUGUUGAUGAGGCCGACUUUGGGUCAUUCACCGUGGAGACCCCUGGUAUUGUGCUGCGUCCCAAGGGGAUGAAGGUGCGGGUGGGGAAGACUUGA